UGCGGUGCUAAUUCGCCACCGAAGAUAGUUCCCGCUGUUGCUGGCUGCCUCUCCCUGUUUCCCUACGCACACGUUUACAGUGGCUUCUCUUCAGUCGCACCUAAUCAACUUUAAUAACUCACUGUGGGGGCUCAGUGUGUAAAUGGAAGAAAUGGAGGGGCAGGAGAUCAGCAGAGAGGAGGCGCUGUCCCGGGUGGGCUACAAACACGCCUGUCAUAUCCUUCUCCAUGCCGACACCAGAGCUAAACUCUUCGGCAAAAUCCCCAUUAAACACGUAGUGCUGAUGCAGAUGCGAUUUGACGGUUUGCUUGGCUUCCCUGGAGGAUUAGUAAAGCCAUCAGAGGAGAGUCUGGAAUCAGGACUGAGCAGAGAGCUCCAGGAGGAGGUGGGUGUUGCAGUGCCAGUGACCGUGGAAGACUACGUGUCCUCUCGCCUCGCUCCAUCCCCUCCCCAACUCAUCACCCACUUCUAUACCAAGAAGAUGUCAGAGCCUGAGCUGGUAGAGAUAGAGAAAGCUGCAGUAGCUAAUGCUGUGGACCAUGGCUUGGAGGUGUUGGGCAUGGUUCGUGUCCCUCUCUACACCCUCAGGAACGGUGGUGGUCUUCCCUGGUUCCUGUCUCACUCCUUCAUCAGUAACUCACGGGCUCAGCUGUUGGGGGCCUUGCAGCGCUUGAGACUGGUGCCCCAGGGGGCUCUGGAUGAGGCAGUCAAACAGGCAGAGCACAUGAGACAUGCACGCAAAGCCGAUCCUCACUGACCUCGGCUUUGCUGGCCCUGUGGUCCCAUGCGCCACUGCGAUCAAAGUGAGCAGAGCCGACACAAUCUCCUAGACCCUGGCAGGAGACGCGAUGGGCCUUACACCCUGGGGUCUUCUUAAACCUUCUCUGCUACCGCAAUAACAUACUCAAUGGGAGAAAUCUCCUCGAUGCAGAUAGAUGUGCCGUCCCCCGAACGGUCAGAGCUUGUUAAUUUGGGCACGUGUAAAUGUGAUGUGUUCACACCUGUGAAAUUAGUAUAAUUUGUACAUCUGUGUGGGCGUUCAGCUCGGAUAGAUGAUUGUGGGAAAUGAAACAGCCUGCAAUGAAAAGAAAAAAUCCUUUUGUUUGAGAAUGAUAAUGAGAUGCGCUUAAUGUCUGCUCCAAUAUAAGCAUAAUUAAAUGAAACUCCCGGG